AUGCUCAGAAAUUUAUUUAAAGGUCGUGAUAGAAAUGAUAUUGAAUCCAAUGCUGAAGACAAACAGGAAAACUGGUUUAAUCGACUCAAGUCCGGUUUGGCGAAAACCCGGAACCAGUUCAUGUCUCAGUUGUCAGGGCUCCUGCGGAUCGGGAGAAAAAUUGACGAGGACCUGAUGGAGGAAAUUGAAGAAAUUUUGAUCCAAGCAGAUGUAGGUGUUGAUACGACGUUGAUGUUAAUGGAUAACGUGAGGGAGAGAGUAAAGGCAGAGGGGUUGAGUGAUUCUUCGGAGUUGGAAUCGGUCAUAAAAUCGGAAAUUCUGAAGCUGCUUGGCGAGGAUAUGCCUCUGCAAGUUAAAGCUGAAAAACCGUAUACAAUUUUAGUUCUCGGUGUAAAUGGUGCCGGAAAAACGACGACUAUCGGUAAACUCGCGAAUCGUUUUAUCACGGACGGGCAUCGCGUGCUUGUCGCUGCAGGUGAUACGUUUCGUGCAGCAGCAGAAGACCAACUCGCGAUCUGGUGUGAGCGGGCAGGUGCCGAACUGAUCCGCGGAGGAGAGAGUGCUGAACCUGCUUCUGUCGUCUUUGAUGCAAUUCACGCAGCGAAGCAUCGCAAUGCAGACGUACUCAUUGUGGAUACCGCCGGGCGGCUGCAUACCAAAAAACCGCUGAUGGAUGAGUUAGCGAAAAUCGGGCGUGUGAUGGAGCGAGCACAUGCUGGCGCACCGCAUGAAGUACUUCUUGUCGUUGAUGGGACGGUGGGCCAGAAUGGUUUGAUGCAGGCGAAAACUUUCAACGGCGCGGUGCCGAUUACCGGUGUCGCUGUUACGAAACUCGACGGGACAGCAAAAGGGGGGAUCGUGAUUGCCGUGAAUGCGGAGAUUGGCGCGCCGGUCAAACUCAUCGGGAUCGGUGAGAAACUUGACGAUUUAAGGGAUUUCGCGGGAGCAGAUUUCGUUGAAGCACUCUUUGCAGCAGAAGAAACAGCGGAUACAUAG